AUGAAUAUAAAUAUGGAGGUCCCCUGGACUCAAGCCGCCGCUGUCUCUCUCUCUCGACCGCUCAUCGUGACUAAACCGGCGUCAAGUCGAUGCACGGUGAAUACGCUUCGUCGUAACACCCAACUUAUUAUACACCGUGAUGGAACCAGUGCCAAAGUAACAUUCACACAUGUGCACCCAGACUACGACAACAAGUGGCUCAGAAAUGACAUAGCUGUACUGCAAAUAGAGAAAGAAACGAGUUACAAUUCUUCGUUUCCUGCUAGAAUGCAAACCAAUUUCUCCGACUACGAAAAUCCGUGCUACGAAAUGGGCUGGGGUGGAACUUCAAAAAGCGGACGCCCAUCGAAUAUAUUUAAAACUGCGGCGGUGCAACCUGUAAAACCGGAAAAGUGCCAAGAAGCAUGGAAAAAAGGGUAUUAUCCACGUCUAAUUUGCACCAAGAGCAAAGGAAACGCGACGUGUCACGGGGAUUCAGGAGGACCUUUAAUCUGUGAGGAUAAGUUAACAGGAGUCGUGUGUUUUUGGCAACGCCUGCGCUACAGGAACACCUGA